GCGAUGAAAAGAUGGCGCACGUGUGGGUGAAUAAUUCCGUUGUCAGAUAACUGUCAAAAAAAGAUAGCCCGAACAAGCACUCUUCGUUCACUGUGUCUACUGUGUGUAUUGACUGAUUGCACUACAUUAUGGCAUUUCUCGAGUGGAGACGCAUCAAUUUCUUCGACCUCAAAAAGGAGGUCGACGAUGGAAAGAUAGCUGAAGCACUCGGAGAGGCUCAAGUCACCGUAGCUACGAGUGGUAACGGCAACUUGGUCUUCGGAGAUAACACUGGUGUUGUGCAUAUAGUAAAUAGGACUUACGACAUCACCACUUUUCGUGCAUAUGAAAUCACGUUAACGUUAGCUCAGCAAGUUCAACAUUCCACUCUCUUAUUUACCAUUGGUGAAGACGAACCAGGUUGUAAUCCUACGAUGAAAGUUUGGAAUUUAGGUAAACCGGACAAGCAGGGCAAUCCGACAUGCAUUCGUAUAAGUAGGGCGAUACCUAGCUACAGAGCAGUUCCUGCAACUGCUUUAUGUGUGCAUAGUAAUCUCUCGUUAAUGGCUGUUGGUUUUGGAGAUGGUUCCAUUAUGCUUUAUAGGGGUGAUUUGACUAGGGAAAGGAAGAACUGGAUAAAGGUGUUAAAAGAUACCAAUCUUUCGAUCACUGGUCUAGCUAUAAGAUCCACAGGCAAACAAAUCCACUUGUUCGUCGCGACGCCUAAAAGUGUCUUUUUAUAUAACGUUACCGCUAAGGGUAAAGAAUUUAAGUUUCCCUUGGAUGACAUGGGUUGUGCCAGAAAGUGCAGUGUCCUUACAGAGUCUAUGCAAGACAGUCACUUCAUGAUUGGUCGCGACGAUGCAAUCUAUUGCUAUACGCCAGAUGGUAGAGGUCCUUGUUACGCGGUAGGAGGUCAGAAAAUAAUGUUGGAAUGGUUUAGAAGUUAUUUGGUAAUUGUAGCAAAAGAAGCUGCCAAUGUUCCAAGAUCAACCACCAUUUCUGCAAAACCAAGUACUAUAGAACCAAUACCUCCAGGAGUAGAUAAGCAUAUAAUUACAGUAAUCGAUAUACAAAAUAAGUUCAUUGUCUUUUCUGCGUCGAUGCUCUCUGUGCAAGCUGUGUUAUCGGAGUGGGGUGGAUUUUUUAUACUUAGCGGUGACGGCAAGCUUUAUCAUUUAGAUGAGAAAGAUUUGCAGUCGAAAUUGGCGUUACUUUUCAAAAAGAAUUUAUACGAUGUAUCUAUAAGAAUAGCUAAAAAUCAACAAUACGAUGCCGAGAGUCUCAUAGAUAUAUUUCGACAAUACGGAGAUCAUUUGUAUUUAAAAGGCGAUCAUAACGGUGCAAUAGAACAAUACAUAAAAACUAUUGGCAAAUUAGAGCCUUCGUAUGUAAUCAGAAAAUUUUUGGACUCGCAGCAUAUCGAUUAUUUGACGACUUAUUUGCAAGCGUUACAUAAAAAUGGACAGGCAACGGAAGAUCAUACUACGUUGUUGUUGAAUUGUUACACAAAACUAAAUCAUACGGAUAAAUUGAAAGAAUUCAUCAUGACGAAAGAUAGAGAGGUUGAUUUCGACGUCGAAAUUGCGAUAAAAGUCUGUCGUCAAGCAUCACCAGAGGAUGCCCUGCUUCUCGCUCAAAAACAUGGUAGACACGAAUGGUACCUUCGUAUUCAAAUAGAAGACAAACACGAGUACGAGAAAGCGCUGGAGUACAUUGCAACUUUAGAGUUCGAAGAAGCAGAGUCUAAUAUGAAGAAAUACGGCAAUAUUCUUAUAGAAAAUGUGCCAAAAGAAUCUACACAAUUUUUAAAAACUUUAUGUACCAAUUAUAGGCCUUCCAACAAACCACUUGUAGACCAGGAAACAUUAGAUGGUACCAUGGACCAACAUAUUGACAAAGCCAAUCCCGAAGACUUUAUUCAUCUGUUUUUAAACAACUCAGAACAACUAGUAGAGUUCUUAGAGCAUCUAGUAAAAUUUGAUACCAAGUGGAGUACUUUGGUGUACAAUACACUAGUAGAACAUUACCUUCAUGUGUGGUCAGCCUUAGACAACGAUGUGGCGAAAGUACAAUACGAACAGAAAAUAGUUCGGCUUUUACAAAGCUCAGAGGCAUGUUACGAUAAAGAUCAGAUAUUAAUCUUGUGCCAUCAACAUAACUUCAAACGCGGUCUACUAUUCCUUUACGAAGAAAGUAAACUAUAUCAGGAAAUAUUGCGAUAUCAUUUACGAGAAGGUGACAGCGAACAAGUUUUAGCUACUUGCAAACGAUUUGGCCAUCAAGAUCCAAAUUUAUGGGUUCAAGCUUUGUGGAGCGUUGCAAGGAACAAAGAAGCUCCGCUCAAGCUUCUUGCAGAUAUACUAACUUACAUAGAACAAGAGAAACUUCUGUCGCCGCUGAUGGUAAUCGAUGCAAUUUCAACUUCGCUUUCUUGUACCUUGGGUGACGUCAGAACCUAUUUAAACAAUGUAUUGCGAACGAAUCAUGAACAAACGCAAGCAGAUGUAGAAUUAACCGAGAAGUAUCGGGCAGAUACUUUAAAAAUACGAGAACAAAUAGAAUCUAUCAAGAAUAGCACGAUAAUCUUCCAGGGAUCUCGUUGCAGCGCGUGUCAUUAUCAGUUAGAGCUGCCGUCGGUACAUUUCAUGUGUCAGCAUUCGUAUCAUCAACACUGUUUCCAAAGCUUCUCUGAAAACGAAAACGAGUGUCCAGUUUGUUUGCCAAACAAUAAGAAACUGUUAGACAUCAUCAAGGCACAGGAACAAUCGAGAGAUCUUCACGAAACGUUUCACAGUCUACUCGAUCGCGCGGAAGAUCCGUUUUCAUUGGUUGCUGACUACUUCGGUCGCGGAGUAUUUAAGAAAUUAACGGUGAUCACUGAUACAGAUAAACCGUUGUCAGCUGCAUCUACAAGAUUCGAAGAACCACCUAAUUACGGACCAGGAGCGGAAGCCAGGAUCCGACUACUAGAGGGAAAGAGUUCAACUUUAGGAAAAAUUGAGCCCCGUCGACCACAAGAUAACUUCCCUGUAGCGGCGGAUGAUCGUCUACGAUCAUUUCCAAAACCUGACGUUUAUUCCUCGUCGAUGGAAGGAAACUCUGGUGGUAUGAACGUGUCCACUUCUCGAGAAAAUUCAAGAAAAGUUUCACCGGUGCCUAUAAGGGAGGCUCGAAUUUUGAACAGUUCGACGCCAAAAUCGUCGCCGAUUCAGAAGGCUUUCGUGCCUCCGAAAACACCGAUUGUGCCAUCCAAACUGUUCAAAACGAACGACUAUGAUGAAUCAAAGAAUCCAUUUUCCGAGGAAAAAGACGAAGAUCAUUUAAAUCCGUUCAACGACGAUGACGCUGAUGACGACGACUAUAAUAAAAACCUGAACCCCUUCGGUAGAUAAACUUCAUUUCUUUCUCGAGCUCAUGCAUAAACAGUAAAUGAAUUAAAGGUUAUCACACAGACCAAGAUCUGUUGAGGCUUGAAAAGAAACAUACAAUGUCGUAAACAUUAUUAUUGUAUGCAUUGUAAAUGAAUUCGAUAGAAUCAGUUUAGCUUCGAUUAGUGCGAUUCUCGUCGGGGAUACAACCGUUCUCC